AAAAUCUCACUUGCGGUCACCCUGCCUGUGAAGCAUUUUGUUUAGAAAAAUUGUUUUUGGUCGUUUGCUGCUGGCAUUGUGCCCUGCGACCAUAAACAUGGAUUUGAGCGAUAACCAACUGGAGGAUCAAUCCUUUGUAUACAAACACGAACAGCUAUUUAGUGAAAGUUUUCCAUUGUUCAAGGAGAUACGGAGACUGGGUAAACUUUGUGAUGUCACCCUGAAGGUUGAAGAUCAAACAUUCUCAGCGCAUCGAGUUGUUCUUGCUGCCACUGUACCAUAUUUUUAUGCGAUGUUUACGAAUAAUAUGGCAGAGAGCCGCAUCAAGGAAAUUACCAUGAAGGAGAUUGAACCUAGUGCAUUAGAGAGUCUUAUCAAUUAUGUUUAUAGUGGACAAGUGCGCAUCGAUAACCAGAAUGUCCAAAGCCUUAUGGUAGGCGCCUCUUUUCUGCAGCUGUCCAAUGUGCGAGAUGCAUGCGCCACUUUCUUGAUAUCCCGAUUCCAUCCACAUAAUGUUCUGGGCAUUCGAACAUUUGCCGAUUCCAUGAUCUGCCGCCAGUUGAUCGAUGCUGCCGAUAAAUAUAUCGAUCAGAACUUUGCCAAAGUGUCACAGUCCGAGGAGUUCCUUUCCCUAGACUGUGAGCAGCUGUUGGAGCUGAUGCGCCGCGAUGAGCUUAACGUGCGCAACGAGGAAGUUAUCUUUGAGGCGUGCAUGCGUUGGGUUAAAUAUGCCGAGGAGAAACGCUCUGAACUAUUUCCACAAGUGUUGGCCGCAGUUCGUCUGCCGCUAUUGUCUCCGCAGUUCCUAGCAGAUCGUGUUGCUCGAGAGGAGCUAAUACGCUCGUCGCAUCAAUGCAGAGAUCUCCUCGAUGAAGCCAAGGACUUUCAUCUAAUGCCUGAGCGUCGUGGCUUAUUGCAGAGCUUUCGCACGCGUCAACGUUGUGGUGAAUUCUUUACAGGUCAAAUUUAUGCCGUUGGUGGUCUUGCAAGUACCGGGGAGUCUGUUAGCACUGUAGAGAUCUAUGAUCCCAUCACCAAGAAAUGGAAAAUGGGCGAACAAAUGUCCAUGAUGCGUUCGCGAGUCGGUGUUGCAGUUUUAGAUGGCAAACUGUAUGCCUUUGGAGGCUUUAAUGGCACUGAACGUCUGUCCACAGUCGAAGUGUACGAUCCACGUAAGAACAAAUGGUCUCAGGGAUGUGCUAUGCUGUGCAAACGCAGUGCCGUUGGGGUCGCUGCUUUAGAUGAUUGCAUUUAUGUUUGCGGUGGCUACGACGGCGUUACAUCGCUUAAUACUGUUGAGGUUUACUAUCCCAAAGCAAAUACAUGGAAAACGGUUGCUCAAAUGAUGAAGUAUCGAUCAGCGGGCGGAGUUACACAGCUUAAUGGUUACGUUUAUGCCUUAGGUGGGCACGAUGGAUUGUCCAUAUUUGACUCUGUAGAGCGAUACGAUCAAAAUGAAGACGUCUGGAUAAAGAUGUCACCGAUGCUUAAUCGACGCUGUCGUUUGGGCGUAGCUACGCUGAAUGGCAAGAUCUAUGUGUGCGGCGGUUACUGCGGCAAUUCAUUUUUGCGUUCUGUGGAAUGCUACGAUCCGCUGACAGACGUUUGGAAGCUUGUUACGCCGAUGAACUGCAAGAGAUCACGAGUUGCUUUAGCUGCCAACAUGGGAAAAUUGUGGGCCAUUGGCGGGUACGAUGGUGAAUCGAAUCUGUCAACUGUUGAAGUGUACGAUCCCGAGACAGACAAAUGGACUUUUAUGCCUCCAAUGUGUGCACACAGUGGAGGCGUCGGAGCCGGCGUUAUACGUAUUGAUUGAUUUGACUAGCCAAAAAUUCGCUCCUAGUUAUUUGAUUAGUAAAUCUGUGUAGUGGUCUUAUACAUACAUUUAUAGUAUAUGCGCGUUUGCAACUAAGCUUUAGUGGUCCUUAGGUCACAGCUCUAUUUUUAAAUUGUUCGUUUAGAUCCAGAUUGUUAAGUGUUUAUCAUUCCAAUUGUAUAUUUUGUUUAGUUCGUAAUAUAACCAUAUCCUGUAAUACUCAUUAAACUGAAUACAAUGACAUAUGAA